AUGGGAAUUCCUACUAUCCCAUUGAUAGUUGUAUUCACAGGGACACUCUUAAUUGGCUUUGGGUAUUGGAAAUCCGUUUUGUAUGGAUUUUUCUAUCCUGAAAAGAAGGCAGAAACAUUAAGAAAACUAGCCUUGAGAGAGUUUAAAUCAAAUAAUGGAAAUUAUUAUGCUUUUCCCAAAAGUGAGCUCCCUGAAAAUUGCAUUCAUUAUCUUAACCAGCUAAAUCAAUGCCUUAAGCUAUCUAAAAGCGAGUCCUCUAUGUGCCAAAUUUACGUUGAUGAUCUAUUUGAGUGUCGAGAAAGAUUCUUAUAA